CUUCCGGUGAUGGGCGGGGAAAUAGCUGAGUCUCUUCCGGUAUGGUAACUGAGCGACACUGUGCUUUCGGUAAAUGACUGUAGUGCCACCGGGGCAGAGGUUUUCCCAGCAUCUGGUUCUGGUCCCGCAGUUUCCCUUGCCCGGUGCAACCAGAUACCUGUACUUAUUGCUGUAGCGUCUCUUCUGCCUCCCAAGGUCUUUGAAUUCAGUCCUCUGGACCCGUCCAGCUCCUCUACCCUUUCCUCUCGGUUUUUCGUUCUCUUGGAAGCCCCGCAAGCCGCGGAAGCACGGGGCUAACUGUGAGGGUAGAAGCCCCUCUCCCCCACCCCCACCCCACCCCUGGGAUCGAUUUACUGAUCUCCCUGAUGGAGGAUUAACCGCAUAGAAUCUGGGAAAGUCAGACAUGAGGCUGACGAACUUCAGGUUAGCCAUGGAGCCUUCUGGAGAACUCCAGUGAAACUGAACUUUCUUGAGAUGGUGAUAGGCUGAUGGACCAUGGCAGGCCGAAGGUUCGAGAGGACCGAACCCGAACUGUUAGGACACCAUGGUUGACCAGGCCAGCAUACUUCACUGACCUUCCGCCGCUGAUACCUGUGCAGCCAUGGAAAAGAUGUCCCGAGUUACCACAGCCCUGAGUGGCAGUGCACUGACAGGCCGAACCAUGCACUGCCACCUGGAUGCACCAGCCAAUGCCAUCAGCGUGUGCCGAGAUGCGGCCCAGGUUGUUGUGGCAGGCCGAAGCAUCUUCAAGAUUUAUGCCAUUGAGGAGGAGCAGUUCGUGGAGAAGCUAAAUUUGCGCGUGGGCCGGAAACCCUCGCUCAACCUGAGCUGCGCGGAUGUGGUCUGGCACCAGAUGGACGAGAAUCUGCUGGCCACAGCAGCCACCAAUGGUGUGGUGGUUACCUGGAACCUAGGCCGGCCGUCGCGCAACAAGCAGGAUCAGCUGUUCACGGAACAUAAGCGCACGGUGAACAAAGUCUGUUUCCACCCCACGGAGGCCCAUGUGCUGCUCAGUGGCUCUCAGGAUGGCUUCAUGAAGUGCUUUGACCUCCGAAGGAAGGACUCUGUCAGCACCUUCUCUGGCCAGUCUGAGAGCGUGAGGGAUGUGCAGUUCAGUAUCCGUGACUACUUUACCUUUGCUUCCACCUUCGAGAACGGCAACGUACAGCUCUGGGACAUCCGCCGACCUGACCGAUGUGAGAGGAUGUUCACAGCCCACAAUGGGCCUGUCUUCUGCUGUGACUGGCACCCAGAGGACAGGGGCUGGCUCGCCACAGGUGGACGUGACAAGAUGGUAAAGGUCUGGGACAUGACCACACACCGUGCCAAGGAGAUGCACUGCGUGCAGACCAUCGCGUCAGUGGCCCGAGUCAAAUGGCGGCCUGAGUGCCGCCACCACCUGGCCACAUGCUCCAUGAUGGUGGACCACAACAUCUAUGUAUGGGAUGUCCGCCGGCCCUUCGUGCCAGCUGCCAUGUUUGAAGAGCACCGUGAUGUCACCACAGGCAUCGCCUGGCGACACCCACACGACCCCUCUUUUCUACUCUCCGGCUCCAAGGACAGCACAUUAUGCCAGCACCUGUUUCGGGAUGCCAGCCAGCCUGUUGAGCGUGCCAACCCUGAGGGCCUCUGUUACGGCCUCUUUGGGGAUCUGGCCUUCGCAGCCAAGGAGAGCCUGGUGGCUACUGAAUCUGGGCGCAAACCCUAUGCUGGUGACCGGCGCCCCAUCUUCUUCAAGCGAAAGUUAGACGCUACUGAACCUUUUUCUGGCCUGGCUUCCAGUGCGCUCAGUGUCUUUGAGACAGAGUCUGGUGGUGGCAGCAUGAGCUGGUUCGUGGAAACAGCUGAACGCUAUGCUCUGGCUGGUCGGCCACUAGCCGAGCUCUGUGAUCACAAUGCCAAAGUGGCUCGGGAGCUUGGCCGCAACCAGGUGGCACAGACAUGGACCAUGCUACGGAUUAUCUACUGUAGCCCUGGCCUGGUGCCCUCUGCCAAUCUCAACCACAGCGUCGGCAAAGGCAGCUCCUGUGGCCUACCACUCAUGAACAGCUUCAAUCUGAAGGAUAUGGGCCCAGGGCUGGGCAGUGAGACACGGCUGGAUCGCAGCAAAGGAGACACACGGAGCGACACAGCUCUGCUUGAUUCUUCAGCUACGCUCAUCACCAACGAGGAUAAUGAGGAAACUGAGGGGAGCGAUGUGCCUGCUGACUACCUGCUGGGUGAUGUAGAAGGAGAAGAGGAUGAGUUGUACCCACUGGACGCAGAGCAUGUGCACCCCGAGGAGCCUGAAUAUGUGCUGCCACAGGAGGCCUUCCCACUACGUCACGAGAUUGUGGACACACCCUCCGGGCCUGAGCACCUGCAGGACAAGGCUGACUCUCCGCACGUCAGUGGCAAUGAGGCGGACUCAGCUUCGCUGGCGCCGGUGGACUCCUCCUCCUCUCUCCUCUCUGUCUCACACGCGCUCUACGACAGCCGCCUGCCGCCCGACUUCUUCAGUGUAUUGGUCCAGGACAUGUUGCGCUUCUACGCUGAGCAGGGCGAUGUGCAGAUGGCUGUGUCUGUUCUCAUCGUGCUGGGUGAGAGAGUGCGCAAGGACAUUGACGAGCAGACCCAGGAGCACUGGUACACCUCCUACAUUGACCUGCUGCAGCGCUUCUGCCUCUGGAAUGUGUCCAAUGAAGUGGUGAAGCUGAGCACCAGCAGGGCAGUCAGCUGCCUCAACCAAGCCUCCACCACUCUGCAUGUCAACUGCAGUCACUGCAAGCGGCCCAUGAGCAGCCGAGGCUGGGUCUGCGACAGGUGCCACCGCUGUGCCAGCAUGUGUGCUGUCUGCCACCAUGUGGUUAAAGGUCUGUUUGUGUGGUGUCAAGGUUGCAGUCAUGGUGGCCAUCUUCAGCACAUCAUGAAAUGGCUGGAAGGCAGCUCCCAGUGCCCUGCAGGCUGCGGCCACCUCUGCGAAUACUCGUGAUCUGGCCUUCCCUGAGCCUGACGCAGCUUCCUCAGCUCAACGCUGAUGUCCACCCGACUAGACCCACAGCCUCUUACCCAUCCCAUGUGCCAGGAUGGAAGGUGGCUGCAACCUAGUAACCUAAUAAAAAGCAGGAGCUGCUCUUUG